AUGUCAGUUCCAGGCACCAGUCCUUGUCCAAGCCCUUGUCCAAGCCAAAGCCUUGUUAUGCAACCGUCACAACCUUUAACACCCCAUGCCUCAAUGGCCGCCCCUCAGCAUUCGCUAGUCCCCCAGACCUCACUUUCUGACCUACCACGUUCUCUACAUGCUUCACUCCAGGCCACCCCACAUUUCCCGUCGCAAUUUCCUCCUCGAAGUGCUCCUUCUGUUAGCCAUCAUACAUCUAGAAAAAAUUCAGCACCUGGGUUUAGCCCAAGGUUUGUACUCUUUGACCCUAGUUCACAUGGUGAGAUGCUGCCGCCAUCAUCAUCAUCACAACAGCAACAGCAACAGCAACAGCAACAGCAACAGCAACAGCAACAGCAACAGCAACAAUCACAGGCUCAGCAAUUUGCAUAUGGUGGUGCCACUGGACGUCGUUCUUCUUAUAUUGCCGAUAGUUUAAUUCAUAAUUAUAACCCGCGCCGUAGAUCGAUAUUUGAUCCUACAGAUGAUAGUUUGCCUCCAAAUGUGUUGCCUCAAAUGGGCCAGCAAGUAUCAGACAAUUCAUAUUCUAUGACUGAUGGUGUUUCCAGCAGUGUUUCCAGUAAUGCUUCGUCUGGUGUCUCCUCAGGCGCCUUUUCAUCUCCUUCACCACGAUUGCGUCAAUUAUAUACUGAAUGUGGUACCAAUUAUUUUGCUGCUCAACCCUCCUGCCAGUUUGUAGACAAUUUACAAUCAAGAAUGAUGAAUUCUAAUGAUUCAGUAUCUAAAUUUCUAUCAUUUUUACGAAGUUGUAAUUUGAAUUAUUUUUCACAGCCAACUUCUCAUUUGGCUCAAUCCCAACAACAAUCUCCGUUUAGAGAUCAUACGUAUCGUCCCCUGUGUUUAGUGACACUUAAGAAUGGGAAAUUAGAAUUAUUAUCUAUACCUAGUGAUUCUAAUGUAUCCAUGCAAAGAGGUGAUUUGGUGAUAAUAGACGGUGAUAGAGGUAAAGAUUUAGCAUAUGUCGUACAACCUACUGUAGAUUUGGAUCUAGCACUGGUUAUCAAUUUCUUGAAAAAAAAAGUGCAUUUUGAUUCUCUCAUCACGUCUCAAUCUCAACAUCAUCCAAACCAUUCAUUCAUUAACGAUCUUAUAGAAUCUAUUAAAUUCCAAAACGGUAAAUUAAAUUCAAGACUCUAUGAUGUGAUAGAAUUAACUCAAUUAGUCGUACCAUCCAAACAAGUACUUAGAUUUGCAUCGACUUGGGAAGUCUCUACAAAUUUACAUAAUAAAUUCCAAGAUGAAUUAAAAGCAUUACAAAUUGCUCAAUUGAAAUUACAAACUUUAAAUAACAAUGUAAAUUCCAAUUCCAAUGGGAAUCAUCAUAAUUUAAACAUUCAAAUCCUAAGUUCGGAAUUCCAAUUCGAUAGGAAAAAAUUAACUUUUUAUUACAUUUGUCAAGAGCGUAAUGAUUUUAGAGAUUUGAUUAAAGAAUUGUUUAAAUUUUAUAAAGCAAGAAUUUGGUUAUGUGCUAUACCUAAUAAUUUAAAUAUUUAUGAAAAUCAUUAUAAAAACAAAAGGUUGGAAUUACAAAUGUAUCAUAAAAUGAUGGAAAAUUAUGCAAAUGAUGAUCCUUUGUCUUCCAAUGGUAUAGUAGCGCCUUCUUUAAAUCAUUUGAAAUUAGAUGAAUUUCAAAUUGCGGUGUACGAAGAAUUGGUUAAUGCAUUGUUUCAACAUAACGAGCAACAAACAAGCUAG